AUGCCUGCCCCGAUCAUCCAACAUCUAACUGAUAACCACCGCGUAAUUUGUUUGACUAUCGAAGACUGGCGUAAUAUCUAUGGAAUGAGUCCCAUCAAGCCGGAUAGCGUCCGUGCUCUGGAUAAAGUGCCACCAACACUUCAGCCCCUGGCAGAUGGUCCCCACCGCUGGCUGUUUGAAAGAAAACUCCAGGUUGGGUAUGAUGGAAGAGCUGGGCUAAGUAUCGACAGCGUGGUCGAUGUUAUACAAUCACAUGACAUACACGAAAUGCAGCCUCUUGAGAUCCCGGUGGAUUGGAAGGCAAGUAUACAUGAAUCAUCCCAGAUUAGAGAUUUUAAAAGUUAUUCUCGAGACAGGACAGCGUCUCAGAUGAGAACGUCGCUGUGCCAAUUCGUGGACAAUGUGCACAAUGCAUGGUCCAGCAUUCCUGUACUAUUGUAUAGGCCGAGGUCGCAUUUUGCGACCAUACCUUAUCCAAAGCCAAAUGUAACUCUACACGAGUUGCGGGAUCCGCGCAUGACUUUGUACAGCGUCGAGUGGACCAUCUUCAAGAUUUUGUGCAAGGGAAAUAGUCGCGUGACUGGAUAUAGCGUGCUCGAUCCACCACUUUUUUACGAUACUCUAUUGCCAGCUAUCUGUCAUCAAAUUCGAGGCUGCAACGUACUGAGAUCAAUUCCUAUCACCUUUCCAACAUACUCUGCCGAUCAUGGCUCGUCGACAUGCCUAGAUUUUGUUUGUCAACCGUCCACCAAUAACCUUCCCAAUGGCCUGCCUGGUGAAUAUAUACCGGCCCUAUUUGCUGCCCAUCAUGUAGACAUUCUCCACGCAUUCGAACUAUCAGAGAUCUCGUACGUUCGUCCAGGACCAUCGGAGCUUAUGCCAGACAGAAACCCGGGCCUCGUAAAGCUAGUCAAGGUUUUCCAGCCUUCGUUGCAGCUGCUUGUCAUGUAUCUGACGAAAAAAUAUCGAAUCGAUAAUUAUCGAUGGCAUCCUGAGUGGAAUAGAUAUCCGCCGAUGCUUUCAAUAUCUGAGCUAGAAGAUGAAAAUCUUCGCAUAACAAACCCGCGCCCACCAAACAUCCCAGACCAAGACAAUAAACCAAGCGCAGACUUUGCUACUAGGGAAAAGCUUUAUGAAAAUCCCGAAAAAUACGGCUACACACGUAAAGAGAGAUUGGAUAAGGCGGUGGAUGAGUAUUGGGAGAAUAUCAACGUCCAUUCUGGAGCAAUUGAGUGGCAAAGGACCCACGGAGUUUUAUGGCGCGUUUCACGUGCACCUACUUCUGAAGGGAACAAGUCAGUUAUAACCGCCAGUGUGCAAUACGAUCUCUCCCGCCUGAUAAAUAUGACGGACGCCGAUUUAGACGUUAUGGAGAUCCAAAAUGUCACACGAGCCGUACUCAAGGCCCACAUCGCGAUGCUGGAAACGAAACUCGGCAGGAAUCUCAUUCGCAUUGACACAAUCGACGAAACCCAUAAUCCAGUGACCGAAGAGGAUGCUAUGGGUCUGGACGUGAUCACGCUCGAAUUGUGGGAUAACGCAAUGCCAAAGGAAGACGCCAAAGAGCCGCAGCUAUAUAUCGAGUUCAACAUGCUCUAUACCCUGCUGUGGCCCGGGGGGUUUCGAUCUGCUUCGGAGCUUGCUGUUGAACGUGUCAUUGGCGUAAUCAUUGCGCCCUAUCUCGAGCUCAAAGAUUGUGAAACUUUAUCAGGACAAUCUGUCAGGUUGUCUCUGAUCCUUGGGUGUUUUGGCUAUUUUACUUCUGCCGAUAUAUGCACAAAGAUGCUUUUCAAGCCUCCUGUUGGCGCCGAUGGCAAAGCCCUUCAAGAAUACGACGAUUUGAGCGUUUUGCAACCUGUUAUACUUGGUGCCGAAGCAAAGCGGACGCUCGGAAACCACGCCACGGAAGAAGAGAAACUCAAUUCAACCCAACCCAAUGUCAAAGCGAAUUCAAAAAGGAAGAUAAAAAACACACCAAUGCAUCGCGCCUCGGCUCAGCUGGCGUUCUUAUUCCAACCGACCCUCAAAAUUUUCAUAGGCCAUCUCUGCGAGCUAGCAGAGUCGGGUUCAGAAGAUUAUUUGAGAGAGAAGAUAGAGGGCUGGGACUCGUUGCCUCUCGAGGCGAGGCUGAGGGAGAAAGUGGGAUGGGCCGAAUGGACCAAGGUGACGAUCCCGGAAUGGAUGUUCUGUUAUGGGAUCGGAUACGACUUCGCUGGCUUUACGGUUUACAGCUUCCACCCUGCACUCUUCGUAGAGAACGGUAAGCCUCAUUGGGAAUUUCACUGUUGCGAGAUGGUAACUGGCUUCGAGGAAGUGUUUCUGCAUUUUGAUGCAAAGCGCCGUGUUCAUGCUGUGAAGACCUUGCUGGCCAUGCGAAGGCAUUCUCACUUCCUUGCUCAAACCCUCAGAGGUCCUAAUCAAUUGCUUUUCCCGGAGGAAUUUAUAAAGGUAGCGAAGGAAAUGAGCAUGGAGGACGAAGCAAAGAAGUGGACACAGGCGGAGACAAGGAAACAGAACCGAGAGAAGAAAUCUCAGAGUGAGGGCAAAAGCCCGUCAACGAAAGCUGCGUCUUCAAAGGCCGAGGAAGUCAUUUUAAAUGAGGAGGGGAAGGGAGGUUCUUCACGAUCAAAGGGAAAGCAGACUUCAGGAUCGCGCUCCUCGAGAGAGAACGCGAAGCUCGGAACUAUUCAAGAAGACGAAGAGGAGGCGAAAAAGGAUGUGAACAGAAAAGCACCCAAGCGAGAUGGGGGGGGGGGGAUCUGCGGAGGUCCCUACGGGCCAAGGAGUGGGAAGGAGCAGGGGAUCUACCUCGAAGGCCAAAAAGGCCAAAAAGCUGGACGAACACGGCGACUACAUCUCCACGAGCAAGGACAACGUGCCGGAGGGGUAUGA